UCGGAAUGGUUGUACCAAGGCUGCUUCUUUUGACAGCUUCUCUGGUUUCCAUCGCCGAAAACACGACAAACGUAUCUUCAACAUGUUUCAGAGAUACCCUGGAUUUCUUAUCUGACCUGAAUUCCAAGGAGCCGCAACCGUAUGCUGUCCUAAUGUACGAUGCUUUGGGGAAACAAGGAAGCAACCUUCUGAGUGGGAACAUCGACAGAAUAGGAUCGUACAGCCAAUGCCGCUCAGUUACAGCUCCUUCGAGGAACUUCACAGGGGAAUAUUGUAAACUGCAUGUGGAACAGGAAGGAACUAAAUUUGUCAUCGGGAUUUGUGUUCCAAGUUCAUGCAGCAGCCAAGACAUAACUUCGCUGUCAAAAAUGGAUGUUUUUGAAUAUAAGGGCACUUCAUUUUUGGCUCCUUUGCCUGUUGUUUUGACCCAAAAUGAGAGUUCACUAACAGUGAUGACUGCGACGUGCGUGAAAGGGCUCUUUGCGAUCGAUGCAUUUGCAAUUGUUUGCCUAUGUCUCUGUGGUGCUCUAAUCACCCUGCCUAUAAUUGGAUCCAUUUACACCGGAGUUCAGCAGCUAAAAGUCACUCCGUCUUUUGCACGCUUCAGGAGUAUUAAUUCCAAAAGGAAAGACGCCAUCAGCACAGAACGCGAUAAACUCGCAUUAAAAUCCUCGUUGCCGCUGGCUGGGAAUGAUGGCCCUAAAAAGACAAGAAAUUGUAUAGAUCACCUUUUGAAGAGUUUUUGCUUACAAGAGAACAUUUCCACUUUAUUGAAGAGUUCAACCAACCGGGAAUAUCCAACGUUGGAUGGAAUCAGAGUUCUCAGUCUCCUGUGGAUCGUUUCAGGACAUACUGGUCAACUCGCGUCAGUCUUUAAUAUGGAUAAUUCUUUUGAAUGGAAGUCAAAGGUUCUAGAGAAGCCGGUAUAUUUCUACACAUUGAGCGGGCCGGUGUACUUGGGAGUGGAUUCCUUUUUCUUAUUGAGUGGAUUCUUGAGUGCAAUAUCAUUCCUUAAAAUAACAGAAAACUCAGAAAAAACCCUAACGCCUCUUAUAAUGAUGAAAUUUAUAUGCAGGAGACUAAGGAGGCUCCAGCCCCUUCAUCUGGCUUCUAUCUGUUUUUCCAUUGCUCUGAUCACAUUGGUCCACUGGGGAUCUUUCUGGGAGCUCCCUAAACAUCAGUGGGACAACUGCCGACGUGUCUGGUGGGCUAAUGUCUUGCUGAUAACCAACUUUGUGUCUGUUGCAGAAUCAUGCAGCGGCUGGGCAUGGUACCUCUCAAACGAUUUCCAGUUCCAUCUCACAACACCAGUCCUAAUCUUCCUCUACGUCAAAGCCAAGCGUGCGCUGUUCGCCGUGGCGGUGCUGCUACUUCUCACUUCAUCCCUCGUAACAACUUUACUCUCGUAUUAUCUUCAACUUUCAAUCCGGUAUCCAACAGGGGACAGCCACUCUCGUCUGAACUACUGGGUUGAAUAUUAUACAAAACCUUAUUGCCGAUACGGACCAUUUCUGAUUGGUAUAACUUUGGCAAUCUGGAUAUCCAAAAAGGAAUCGCCUUGCAUUAAAUAUAAGGUACAUGCUGUUAUUGGUUGGUUCUGUUCACUUCUCACCAUGCUUCUGAUAAUUACACUGUGCUUUGUUUUGGAUGACACCCCUACCUCCUACUCCAUCAUGGCUGCAAUUUACCAAGGACUCCAUAGGACGUUAUGGGCGGCUGCUGUUGCCUGGAUUAUUAUUUCAUGUCAGGAGGGAUAUGGAGGUUUUAUAAAUACUUUACUGUCUUGUAACACAUGGAGCUUCCUGUCAAGGAUUAGUUACGCCUGCUACCUAACACAUCCCGUAAUUAUAAUCCUUUACUGCGGACUCCAGGAAACGCUCUUUCACUACUUGGACAUAAACAUGUUUUACAUGUUUAUUGGACAUUCGAUGCUGACGAUCACCGCCGGAUUUAUUUUGACAGUGUUGGUUGAAAAACCAUUCCAACAAUUGUUUUAUAGUUAACCACUUGUAUACAUUGCUAAUGUUUUAUUAUAUUAAAUGAUCAGUU